UGGACACAGGUGUGUCUUCGCUUACCUUGAGGGUGGUGGUGGUGAUGAUGGAGGUGCCACCGAGGAAUCCGGCGUUGCAGAGGGGUCCGAGCAGCCGGAGAUCGAGCGGACACAUGUCCUUGGGCGUGCAUGACCGCCGCAUGAGCUCCACCCUCAAUGACAGCGAUUCCUCCAUUGACCACCUUGACAACGGACGUUACCACCCAUAUUGGUUUGCAUUUUGUGCAUGGUCAUGCUUUAUUCUUUUCUUCUUCAUCAUAGUCAUUCUCUUCGCAUGCAUCACCUACUUGGCACUCCUCAAGGCAGGAAUGCCAAAAGUUUACGUGAGAGCCUUCAACGUAUCGCAGUUUGAAGUUGAUGAAGGGUCACAGAAGAUGAAUGAUGUUAUAGGGUUACGGCUAUUGUUCUCUAACAAGAACGAUAAGCUCAAGCUUUUGUACGGACCACUUUCUAUUGUUACCACAAGUGAGGAUAUCUUGUUGGGGAAGAACAACGUUGAUGGCUUCUAUCAAAUGCCCUUGAAUGACACCACUCUGGACAUGAUUAUGACAGCGAACAAUGUUGAUGUUAACACAGAUGCUGCAGAUGACUUGAAAGCAGACAUCAAAUCCAACGAAAUGGUUUUUGAUGUAUAUGCUGGAGGGAACAUUGGUUUUAAGGUUGGGAGUUUAGAGAUAAACAAUGUCCCAUUUCUAGCCUCCUGUAAUCAAAUCAAGUUGAUGGAUGUAGACUUUGGAAAAAGACCUCCAUGUGAUGUUAAACUUUUUUCUAGCAGGGCAGCAACUUGAAGAAAGCAGCUACGAACAAGUUUAGCUAGGCUACAUUUUAUCACAUCCUUCAUCGUGGGAGGACAAGUAAUUUAUAUUUAUAGAGAUUUGAGUUUCAGAAAAUAGCCAAGUUUACUCACAAGUCAUUAGAGACACCAACGUCUUUGAGGUUUCUCAUUCUAGAUAAAGUUCUGCAUUGUUCAUUGCGAACAUGUAUAUAUAUAUGGUCUAAUUAAAGAUAUUGUUGAUUACAAGUUACAAUAUAUACAAAUAUAUACAGAU